AUGUCAAGGAAUCCAUUGUUAUACAUUCAUUACGAUGGUGAAAUAGUGUAUGAUGAAGAAGGUUUUAUCAUUUUUAGAUCGGAACAACCGAUAAUUACCUAUAUGACACCGGAAGUCAGCAGUCUAACAGCGUUGAAGAAUCUGAUAUUACAUUCCGUCGGACAACAAGAGGCAAAAAGGGUGAAGAAAAUUUACUAUAGAUAUUCGACCGAAGUAGAUGCUAGUUUGUUUUAUAAAAGGUGUCAUUUACGUGACGACGAGGACAUAUGGCUUAUAAGGUCGUGGCACAACCAAUGGAUAAAUGUUUAUCUGUUGGAAUUAUUCGUGUUUCUCGUUGAGUUGGGUGGCCGAGGAUCAUCUGCAGAUACUGUCAAUGAUAGUCCAUUGUGUGGAGCUGUUAGACAAACUAUCAGAAGGACGAUGGUGGAUUUAAAUAUGCCACCUGAAGUUAACCCUGAUGACGGAAACGAUGCUGAUGAAGAACCACCCGAAAUUCCUGAUGAUAGUGACGAGGAAGAAGAGAUGAACUACUAUGGUGACACACAAAUCGCUCUGACACAGCCUGUCAUUUCUCGACCAUAUGACUGGCGGAAUCAUUUCACGAGGUUGAAUCUCGAUGCAAUGACUUCCAAUUGGUCGUUUACCCAAGGAGGCCCUGAAGAAGAUCCAAGCAACGAGUUUGAGGUUGGACAACAAUUUAAGAACAAGGAAAAAGUCAUGUUGGUAGAUAAGCAGUACAGCAUCAAGAGGGUUGCGGAUUAUAAAAUAGUAGAGAGUGACCAGUUGAGGUAUAAUGCACAAUGUAUCCAGUUCGGGCCCAGUUGUAAUUGGAGCAUACUCAUAUCAUAUUUCCGAAAGCAAGAGAAGUGGGAGGUUAGAAGAUACACUGGUCCUCAUACUUGCGUGCAAACAUCGAUGGGGCAAAACCAUCGUAGGUUGGAUUCGAAGGUGAUUGCUCAACACAUUUUCACGAUGGUCAAAGCCAAUCCAACAAUCAGCAUUAGGGUUCUGCAAGGAAGUGUGGAGAAUCCACUUUGGUUACAAGGCAUCCUACAAAAAAGCUUGCAAAACAGAGAGUCAUUGCUAGAAUAUAUGGCAAUUGGGAGGAGCCAUACAACGAGCUUCCUCGUUGGUUAUUCACUAUGCAGAUCCAUGUACAAUAAGCUAACUGAAAAUGUGUCUUUAGGUACUUGGGUGCAACUAGUGACACAGCCUUGGCCUGGUUCUGUCGACACAGUCAUGUUUUAUCGGAUUUUUUGGACGUUUCCACCGUGUGUUGAGGCUUUCAAGCACAGCAAGCCACUUAUUUUCAUUGAUGGCACCCACUUAUAUGGUAAAUACGGUGGACCUUGUUGA